UGACAACCUGAUCCUGCGGUUGGCAAAGGCAGCAGGAGAAGUUCUGGGAAAGACCCACGAUGAGCUGAUGUACGCCUUCGGGGUCUACAUGGUCAAAAGGAUCGGAAACUAUGGAUACGAGCGGAUCCUUAAGGUUUUGGGGCGAAAUGUGCGCGACUUCAUCAACGAGCUGGACAACCUGCACGAGUACUUCCGCUUCUCCUUCCCCAAAGUUCAGCCGCCGAGUUUCUGCGUGGAGGAGGAGUGUGAGACGAGCCUGACGCUGCACUACCGCAGCACGCGCAAGGGCUUCACGCAGUUCGUCAAAGGACAGCUCUCUCAAGUGGGACGCCAAUUCUACAACACAGACAUCGAAGUGGAGAUCCUGUCCAAAGAGGAGACGGAGAAAAUGACGUAUGUG